CAAGUGCAAUAAAGACAUCUGGAUACUUUCCUUUCUGUCUAAGUAAUUGAAAUCUAAGAAUGACUAUUUACAAUUUAUAUAUAUUCAAUGCGGCUGGGGUGUGUAUAUAUUAUAUGGAAUGGAACCGAAGGCAACAAGCUGGAAUGUCCAGAGACGAAGAAAUGAAACUAAUGUAUGGCCUGGUAUUCUCUCUCAAAUCAUUUGUCCUCAAGCUUUCACCAACAGACUGCAAAGAAGGUUUUUUGAAUUUUCGUACAAGUAAAUACAAGUUGAAUUUUUAUGAAACUGCUUCUGGCUUAAAAUUUAUUAUGAAUACUGAUGUAAAUGCAGCUAAUGUUCGUGAACUUUUACAGAAAAUAUAUAAAGAGAUAUAUGUUGAAUAUGUAGUAAAAAAUCCUGAAUGUAAACCUGGAAAAGAAAUAAUUAGUGAAGUUUUCCAAUCACAACUGGAUAAACUUGUCAGAAACUCAGCCGUCUUCAGUUCACGUGUUAUGUAAAUUUAAAAAAAAAUUCUCUGUAUACAUUUUUCUUUUUUGUGUGUAUAAAUAAUGUACAUACUUGUAAUAUGGAAAUUAAAGUUUAUUUAUUAUGUA